GUGUCCCAGUCGAAACUUCUACCUGUCUGCAAAUACAUAUUGAAAAUUGCAAAUUUACUAAUUAAUACAGUACAUAAAAGAGCAAACCAUGGGUAACGAAUCGUCACUGCCCAUGGAGUUAUGCUCUAACUUCGAUGCAGAUGAAAUACGCCGUCUUGGCAAGAGAUUUAGGAAACUGGAUUUGGACAAUUCAGGUGCCUUAAGCAUCGACGAGUUUAUGUCAUUGCCUGAAUUGCAGCAAAACCCUUUAGUCCAGCGUGUAAUUGACAUUUUUGAUGCUGAUGGGAAUGGAGAAGUAGACUUUAAAGAGUUUAUACAGGGUGUCUCCCAAUUCAGUGUUAAGGGCGACAAACUAUCCAAACUCCGUUUUGCAUUCAGAAUCUAUGACAUGGAUAACGAUGGAUAUAUAUCCAAUGGAGAGUUAUUCCAGGUGUUAAAAAUGAUGGUGGGAAAUAACUUGAAGGACACCCAGCUGCAGCAGAUCGUUGACAAGACAAUCUUGUUUGCUGACAAAGACGAGGACGGCAAAAUCUCCUUCGAGGAGUUUUGCAAUGUGGUUGGCAACACUGACAUUCACAAAAAAAUGGUUGUCGACGUAUAGACCAGAAUAUAAGAAUUUUAACGAUAUAAUACGGCUUUUUUUCCGUGAAAAAGUUUGUAUUGUAUUUUAAAAUUACCUUAUCUAGCGUUUAGUUAGCAUUGCCGAUUUGGAUGUGUAUGUAUUUAGAUAACAUGGCUUUUCACUUACUUAUUAUGCAAUAUUUAUUUAGGUUUUUGUAUCAAUAGAUUCAAAUUUGAUUGGACAUCUCAAAUAAUUAACAACAUUUGCUUGACUUUGAAUUUAUUGAUGGAAAAAUUCUUUUACUUAAAAUUGUGAUUGUUUGAAUUAAAUAACAAAGCUAUUAACGCAUGUGCUUUUUGGUCACUUGAAAGAAAAAUUAAAAUGUUUUAUAAACCAAAAAAAUUCGUGUAUUAUAUGUAUCUUUAUUAUAUAUUACUUUAAUCUAGGUGUUGUGUAUAUGUCUAGGAAAUAAGGUGUACUUCACUUAACAUAUUUAAUAUUUAAGUCUCAGCUUUAAGCUAAGUAAUACUUAUACUAUAUGCCUUUCACAACAAAAUUAUUAAAUUAAUUAUUUGAAUUAAAGUUUGGGAAAAAAGUAUGACUAUCAAACGAUAGGAAGGUGCAUUUUACUUUUUCCCUAAAACUUUGAGGACCAUUUGUAAUGCUUAAAAUAUUGAAAAUUAAAUAAUAAAUUAGGUCAAAUCGGGAAACUUUAAGAGAAAUAAAAACCCUUAAACGUUUUCCCUUAUUUUACUGUGUUUUUUAUACCUCUUCCAUAUUUAAAGCAUUCAUUUACUUGGGUAUUUUUACUGCAAGAUAUUCAUAUAAUUAUAUUUAAAUAGUUAUUUAUAUUUAUAUUAGCAGUAAAAAAUAUAUGUCAACUCUAUUAUUAUAUUCUUAAUCUAUUAUAAACAAAAAAAUGGAAAGUUUCACUAUCACUCUCCUAAUUAUUGUGUUAUGUAAAUAAAUAGUUUUUGUUUUAUGUUAUGUUGAUCAAUAAAACUUAAUCUUUA